GCGCAGGCGGACGGCCGCGGAGUCCGAGCCGCGCGCCCCUCCGCGUCCUCGGCCCACGCCGGGCUGGAGCCAUCGCGGGACCAUGGUGUUGGACCAGGAGGACGUUCGUAGUUCCUUGCAAUUCUGAGGCACAAAAGUAGGUGAGACUGCUUUUGUAUCUGCGAAGUGCUUCACUCCUGAAUGUAAUUCUAGCUGAGUGCAAUCUAGGUUAAGAGCCGGACAAGCGGGUAAUUAGAGCCCGCUCGCCGCCCGAGGACCGGCUGCCCCGCCGAAGCGCGCCCGGAGUCGGCGCCCUUCUCCCGGCCGAGCCGAGCUGCGGCUGGACACGGAGCGCCCGAGAUGAUGGUGCUGGACAAGGAGGACGGCGUGCCGAUGCUCUCCGUCCAGCCCAAAGGGAAGCAGAAGGGCUGUGCGGGCUGCAACCGCAAGAUCAAGGACCGCUACCUGCUGAAGGCACUGGACAAGUACUGGCACGAGGACUGUCUCAAGUGUGCCUGCUGUGACUGCCGCCUGGGCGAGGUGGGCUCCACCCUCUACACCAAGGCCAACCUCAUCCUGUGCCGACGCGACUAUCUGAGGCUUUUUGGCACCACAGGAAACUGCGCCGCCUGCAGCAAGCUGAUCCCAGCCUUCGAGAUGGUGAUGCGGGCCCGGGACAACGUAUAUCACCUCGACUGCUUCGCCUGCCAGCUCUGCAACCAGAGAUUUUGUGUGGGAGACAAAUUCUUCCUGAAGAACAACAUGAUCUUGUGUCAGAUGGACUAUGAGGAGGGACAGCUCAAUGGCACCUUUGAAUCCCAGGUUCAGUAAUGCCCGGCGCCUGGCCUCCAGGCCCGUCUGUCCGUCUGCCUGUCUGCCCGUCUGUCCACCCGCCUGGCCGGCCAGCCACUCUCCUGCCGAUUAGAACUCCUCCGUCCUCGAUGGGAGGGACGGUCCUUCCUCCGCCGCCCGUCUGUGUGUGACCCCUCCUGGGGCCAGGCUGGGCCUGUACAGUCUGUCUUCUGUAUAUAAAUGGGAACAUUUAUUU